AUGGAACCCUCGAACGGCAACGACGAGCCCGCCGAAGCCUUCGCUGACAUGAGUCCGCCAAUGAACGGCAACCCACAGCCACAAAGCAACGGCCGAGACGUCGGCGAGGGCACCGGGCGGUGGCUCGAGCUAUCGGACUCCGAUGAAGAUGCAAGUAGGCAAGAUCCACCUGCGCAAGUCACAGACACGGAGCAGCAAACGAACGGAUGGCAUGAUGGCGAAGGCUGGGGACGAUGGGGUGACGAAGGCUGGGGACGACGGGGCGAUUGGGAUGCGGAUGCAAAUACAGGGUGGGCAAACCUAGGCUGGAGUGAGGAGACGCCAAUGCCAACUCCACCCGAGGCGGAGGCGCUCUCUAUCUUUCACGAUAACGGACUGCGUCCUUCCAUUUUCAUCCGCGAUCUGAGGAGAUCGGCAGGGCAACCGCUUGGCAUAGGGAGGACUCGAUGGCCGAAUACAUUCGCGUUGUCAAAGUACUGGUGUGAAAGCUAUCAUACUGUCGCGGCUGGGAGGACGACGUGGGACGACUAUGUGCGGAACAUGCAUCAGCAAACGAAUGAGCCAAUACCCCAGUCGAUCCCGCCUUAUGAAGCGGACGCACGCGUAACAUUGCGAUGGGGUCGAACGCCGGAGAACUCGCCCUGGUAUAGCCACGCUCCGUUCUCGGUCGCGUACAGCGUGAAUUCUGCGGGAGGGCUGGUAACGUUAGCGUACGUGCUCGCUCAACUGGGCUGGUACUUCCACCACUUCGUUGUCGAUGGUGUCGCGAACAACUACCUUGCGUCUGAGUGCGGGUACUACCUCGACAUGGGGACACCCGGACCUUCGGGGACGAUGGGGACAAUUUUCUGCACGGAGGCGCUAGGCGGAGUGUUUGCGCGCACUCUUGAGUAUGGCGAGAGGGAGGAGAACGGGUGCUUCAGGUGGAGAACGCAUGGAUGGGUCGAUUGGAGCACAUGGUCAGUGAAUCAUACUUCUUUGCGAAGCCACGAAGAGCACCUUCAAAGACUGACCCAUACCGUGGUUUGGGACUUUGACUACGGUACUUGGGGUUCUUGGGGUUUGCAGUAG